AUGGAGACACAAGUAGAGGGUGGUCACCCAUACAUUCCAAGAGAUCUGAAAUUGCCUGGUUAUGUGCCUGUCCUCCUCUCUCAAUCGACCAUUCUUAGCGUUUAUGGAAUCUCUUCUCUACUGGUUGUCUCCUUCAUGUGGAUACUCUCUGGUAAUCCUUCAAUUACUAUUUUAUAUUAUUCCUAUGUUUUUAGUGGCGAAUAUGAUUUUCCUCAAAGGAGUAUCAUUCGGAAAUGUCUCGAUAGAGCUCCUCCUUCGCCAGUCUUUGAUACUGCUGCCAUAUUGAUAACUAUAAUUUAA